AUGUCUGUGGUUGACAUAUGGACGACAUAUUGGCCAUUGGUCAAUAUGAUACCUGUUAUGGUGUCCAUGGAUGAAAUACGAGUCAUUGGUCAACAUUAUAGUCGAUUAUGGUGUCCAUGGAGGACAUAUGGGUCAUUGGUCAACAUGGUAGUUGCUUAUGAUGUGAUGGUAUCACCCAUGGAUGAAACACAGUUGCUUAUGGUGUCCAUGGAUGAAAUACGGGUCAUUCGUCAACAUGGAAGUCGAUUAUGGUGUUCAUGUAGGAUAUAUGGGUCAUUGGUCAACAUGGUAGUUGCUUAUGGUGUAUUGGUAUCACCCAUGGAUGAAAUACGGGUCAUUGGUCAACAUGUUGCUUAUGGUGUGAUGGUAUCUCCUAUGGAUGAAAUACCGGUCAUUGGUCAACUGGUAGUUGCUUAUGGUGUCCAUGGAUGGCAUAUGGGCCAUUGUUCAAUAUGGUCAUUGGUCAACAUGGUAGUUGCUUAUGGUGUGAUGGUAUCACCCAUGGAUGAAAUAUGGGACAUUGGUCAACAUGGUAGGUUCUUAUGGUGUCCAUCGAUGAGAUACGGGCCAAUGGUCAAUAUGUUGCUUGCGGUGUUAAUGGAUGAAAUACGGGUCAUUUGUCAACAUGGUAGUCGAUUAUGGUGUCCAUGGAGGACUUAUGGGUCAUUGGUCAACAUGGUAGUUGCUUAUGGUGUGAUGGUAUCACCCAUGGAUGAAAUACGGGUCAUUGGUCAACAUGGUAAGUUCUUAUGGUGUCCAUGGAUGAGAUACGGGCCAAUGGUCAAUAUGUUGCUUAUGGUGUCCAUGGACGAAAUACGGGUCAUUAGUCAACAUGGUAGUCGAUUAUGGUGUCCAUGGAGGACAUUUGGGUCAUUGGUUAACAUGGUAGUUGCUUAUGGUGUGAUGGUAUCACCCAUGGAUGAUAUACAGUUGAAUAUGGUGUCCAUGGAUGACAUAUGCGCCAUUGGUCAAUAUGGUAGUUACUUAUGGUGUCCAUGGAUAAAAUAUGGGUCAUUGGUCAACAUGGUAGUCGAUUAUAGUAAACAUGCAGUUGUCAAUAAAUGCAUAGAGAUGAGAAUCCCAAAUACUCUAUUUAGGAAUGGAUUGAUGAAGUUAUUUUUCUUAGAAACUGAACAUGAAGGGAAAACGAUGCUUGAAGAAGCAUCUGCAUUGGGACAUUUGGAUUCAACAUUUGUCCCGGGAAUGAUGCUGAUGGCUGAAGGGAGAUAUAGGAAGCAGGAAGCUUUGGACAUGUUGAACAAUGCUUACCGCAGAGCAAAUGGUUUAAAAUUACGUGAUGCCUAUUUUGGUUGGGCGGUUCUGGAUGAUGGGGAGUACACGGGUGUUGUUGAUAGAACCAAAGAGUUGUUGCGGGAUGUUGGUGUUGUUCAUAGACUUACAAUGAAUAACAUCACAUUCCAAUGUGAAGACCCACGUUAUUCUGUUGAAGUUGCAUUCGCAAUAAGCCAUGGAGAGGAUGAGGAUCGACUAAUAUACUGCAUAGUUUUUCGUUGGUAUGCAAAGUAUGUUUACCUGCGAUCCAUGAACAAAGUCGCACAUCCUGGCAUGUUCCGCUGCCUCGGUCGGGGGUGUGACAGGCAAUUAGUGCCAAAUGAGGCUUUGUUUCGAAAGUCGCAUGUGGUAACUGUGUGUGUCUUUUGGAGUCGACAACUAGGUGGGAAUCCGGUGGAUCAGUGA